AUGAACGAUAACCGCCUUCCACCAGAAUCAACGUUCUAUUUCACCGAUUCACUUUUAUUCGAUUCUGUGCCGAUUUUUGUGAACUGGCGAGCGGACUAUCCCGACAGGACUAAGGCUUUAACAAAGAUAAGUCAUCGGUGUGAUAUUGGACAACGAGCAUGCGGCUUAAAGUGUUGCUAUGGAGAAGCCGACAUAGUGCAGAAGGGUUUCCUUGAACUUGUAAAUGCCGGAAAUCUCACCGAAGAAAGCACUUAUACCUUCAAUGACGUCACCUACUCCUUGCAGCUGAUUGAUAACUCGUCCACGCCUAAGUGCACCUACUAUUUAUCGUAUUAUGACAAGCUGUUCCGCAAGGGAACAAUCGAUGGCAAGGAGGUAUCGACCAUCUAUUUUUCGUGUCCAGAAUCGUUCUCCUGCUGCGGACUGCGGUGCAUUGCUCCACCCGCAACUGCUUUGCUAAGGAAAACGAGGGAAACUAAUCUGCUAUCGUUCCAGUUUGACAGAGAUCGCCUGAAUGUCUUGUUGACAGCAGGAGCGGUUAUUUCACUAAUCGCAUUUGUCGGUAUCACUUUCAUUAAUUACCGCGGAGCCAGGUCUCGAAAUGACUCAAAAUUCAGACGUUGCGAAAUGGUUGACAUGCAGACGUCCACGUUUUCACUCCAUGACGAUAUCGAGAAUCUCCUAACUGACUCCUCGUAG